AUGUUCCCUCUGUUUCCGAACACCGGUAAAGACACCCAGAUAGAUCAUGCCGCAAAAAUCACCCAGGCCGCUGUGGAGUUCUACUUGAAAAUAAUCAGAAACGAAAUUCCGCAGGAUAUGGCUGGCAAGACGCCGUUUGACAUGAGCCAAUACAUGUUCAUGUAUGGGACCACUCGCAUUCCUCGAAAAGGUUGUGAUGAGCUCCGAUACGGCUACACCAAUGAAAAUCAGUCCAAGCAUAUCGCCGUUAUUCACAAUGGACAUGUAAGUCUUCCGCUUUCGUCUGCCUGCCAAGCUUCAAUAAUGUCUCAGUAG